AUGUCUUUCCCACAAACCAGGAAUUCCCAUUGCCAAACCUUGGCUGGAUGGAGGAAGAGAAGGCUGUGAGGAGGAGGAAGUUGUCCUGAGACCCCCAGGCAGGUGAGGAGGAAGUCAGUGCCCCUUUGCCCCUCUCUCCUGCUCCAUCUCCCAGCCCAGCCUGGCCCCGGCUGCAGGACAACCCCGCUGCCGACGCCGUCCUGCCGGGGAUGCACUGGGGGGAUCUCCUUGGCCUUGCCUCUGGCACGGAGGCAAAUCCCAUCCUGUCCUUGUCCUUCCUCCCCCAGACAAGGAGGCCAGGGAGGACAAAUCCCCUCAGCAGAACCUCGUGGAAGAGGCUGUUUUGAGCGGCUCCAUGGCACAGGAAUGCAACGGGGAGGAAAAGCCGCGGAGAUCCCGCCCGAGGAGGGGCUCCAAACCCAUGCCAGGGUGCUCCGAGGAGGAAGGACCCACCCUGUGUCAGGAAGGCAGCCAGAGAUGUGGCCAGAGCUCUGAGCUGGUGGUGCAUAAACAGCUUCACAAUGGCAAGAAGCUGCACCAGUGCUCGGAAUGUGGGAAGAGUUUCUGCACAAAGUCCAGGCUGCUCCGGCACCAGAAGAUCCACACUGGGGAACGGCGCUACGAGUGUGGGAAAUGUGGGAAGCGCUUCAGGGACACCUCUGGCCUGCUCCGCCACCAGAGAGUCCACACUGGGGAACGGCCCUAUGAGUGUGGGGAGUGUGGAAAGAGCUUUGCUGACAGCUCCGGCCUGAUCUCCCACAAGAGGAUCCACACUGGGGAACGGCCCUAUGAGUGUGGGGAGUGUGGGAAGAGCUUCACUGAAAGCUCCAACCUGAUCCGCCACAAGAGGAUCCACACUGGGGAACGGCCCUAUGAGUGUGGGGAGUGUGGGAAGAGCUUCACUGAGAGCUCCAGCCUGAUUGUCCACCAGAGGAUCCACACUGGGGAACGGCCCUAUAAAUGUAGAGAAUGUGGGAAAGGCUUCAGGAAGAGCUUCCACCUCAAACAACACCAGAUGCUCUGCACUGGAAUCUGACCCUGUGUGUGUGGGCAGUGCGGGAAGAGCUUCUGUGACAGCUCUGGCCUGAUCAUGCAGCAGACAGUGCACACUGGGGAAUGCCCCUACACGUGCUCAGAAUGUGGGAAGAGCUUCAUGCAGCACUCCAAGCUGCUUGUCCACCGGCAGAUGCACAGUGGAGAGAGGCCCUAACAGUGUCCUGAGUGUGGGAAGAGCUUGUCCCAGAGCUGUGCCGUGACCCAAGAGCAAUGGAGGCAGCAGGAAGGGAAGCCCUACA